AUGGAGUUUCUUCAGCUGUCGGGAAAUAAUUUGUCCGGUAUGUUUCCUGCUUCACUUUACAACAUCUCAUCAAUCUAUUUCAUCUCUAUCGCUGUCAACCUACUGCAUGGAAUUCUCCCACCGGAUUUGGGCCUCGCCCUUCCAAAUUUGAAAAUUUUUUUGCUUGCAAGCAAUCGAUUUUAUGGCCAAAUUCCAUCGUCAAUAGCCAAUGCUACGAGACUUGUGCAAAUUAAUUUUGGGACUAAUGCAUUUACUGGGUCCAUGCCUAUGAAUUUUGGAACCCUUGAUGCUUUAGAAUUUUUAGGUGCUUAUGAGAAUUCACUUGGGACAAAUCAAGGCAUUGAAUUAACAAGCUUUCUCACUUCUUUAUCCAAUUGUUCCAAUCUCCGACUUUUGGAUUUGACUCUAAAUCAUUUUAAAGGUUUGUUGCCCAAUUCUAUUGCCAAUUUCUCCACCAAGAUCACUUGGUUCGCUCUACUAGGCAACUAUAUAUCUGGAAGCAUACCUCUUGAUAUUGGGAACCUUGUAAAUUUGCAAAAACUCUUUCUAGGUGAAAACAUGCUGACAGGUAGCAUUCCAAAUUCCAUUGGAAAACUCUCCAUGUUGGAAACUCUCGAGCUUGAUAUAAAUAACAUUUCUGGAGAGAUUCCAUCCUCUUUUACAAACCUGACUAGGCUUGGUGCUCUCUACCUAUCAACAAAUAUGAUUGAGGGAAGCAUUCCUAUUUCUUUAGGCAAUUGCACCCAUCUAGAAAACAUUUUUCUUGAUUACAAUCAUCUCACUGGAGCUAUACCAUAUCAAAUCUUUGGUCUUACUUCCCUCAUUAUUGUAUCCUUAAGUCAAAAUGACCUAACAGGACUACUACCACAAGAAGUGGGUAACUUGAAAAAUAUGGGUCAAUUAUUUGUAUCAAAAAACAAAUUAUUUGGAGAAAUCCCUGCUACUCUUGGCAAUUGUGAAGUUUUAGAAUUUCUCUACAUGGAUGGUAACCUUUUCAAUGGUACAAUUCCGAUGUCCUUCAGACAAUUGAGAGGUCUUCAAGAAUUGGAUGUUUCUACGAACUACUUGUCUGGACAGAUUCCAAGAUUUUUUGAGGUGUUUCCAUUCUUUCAAUAUCUCAAUCUUUCCUAUAAUAUGUUUGAUGGUGAAGUUCCGAACAGAGGAGUUUUCACAAAUAUUAGUGCCUUCUCAGUUGUUGGAAACAGUAAGCUCUGUGGAGGAAUUAAACUAUUGCAAUUGCCUGCAUGCCCUAUGGAAGUCUUAAAUGGAAGAAAACGAUCUUUUAACCAUAGACUAAUAGUUCUAAUAGUUACUCUCAUUAUUGUUCUAUUAUCAUUGUGCAUUCUAGCUAUUCUUUACCGGAACAGAAGGUCAAGGAAGCGAGUCAAUUUAGCCUCACCCUUGAAAAACCAAUAUCCACAACUCUCUUAUGGAGAACUUUUUCAAGCAACAAAUGGGUUCUCUCCAUCCAACUUAGUUGGUGAGGGAGGAUAUGGUUAUGUCUAUAAAGGGAUUCUCAACUCUGAUGAACAAAUUGUGGCUGUGAAGGUACUCAACCUAUACGAAUGUGGAGCAAACAAGAGUUUCGUAACAGAAUGUGAAGCACUGAAGAACAUUCGCCACCGAAAUCUUGUCAAGAUAAUCACAUCUUGCUCAAGCAUUGAUUUUAGAGGAAAUGAUUUCAAGGCUUUGGUCUUCGAGUUCAUGGAAAAUGGGAGUUUAGAGAGCUGGUUACACUCAAGUCUUUCAAAACAGCAGGAACCCAAAAACUUGAACUUUGUUCAAAGGCUAAACAUUGCCAUUGAUGUGGCCUCGGCAAUAGAUUAUCUUCACAAUCAUUGUGAAAUGACUUUCAUUCAUUGUGAUUUAAAGCCAAGUAAUAUUCUUCUUGAUGGUGAUUUGUGUGCCCAUGUUAGUGAUUUUGGCUUGGCAAAGAUUUUUUCAGCAACCACCGGAAUAUCCAAUCAUCAGCAAUCAAGUUCGAUUGGGAUUAGAGGAACAAUUGGCUAUGUUGCCCCAGAGUAUGGUAUGGGUGAGGAGGUAUCAACGCAAGGUGAUAUGUACAGUUAUGGAGUGUUACUCUUGGAAAUGUUCACAGGAAAAAGACCAACUAAUAACAUGUUUACGGGCAAUGUAAACCUCCAUGGCUACGUAAAAAUGUGUCUUCCGCAGCAAGUAAUGCAGAUUGUUGAUCCCCAAAUCAUAUUGGAAAUGGAAGAGGAGCCAAGUAAGCCAAGUAGGAGCAAGCAAUGUAGUACAGCCAACAUUUCUAAAUUGGAGACUUGCCUUGUACCAGUCUUUCAAAUUGGAGUUUCAUGUUCUGUUGAAAUGCCAAAUGAGAGAAUGAGUGUAAAAGAAGUUAUCAAGGAACUACACAAGAUUAGAAAUGUAUUUCUUGGGGUUAGGGGAAAAAGGCAUUAGGAUUGAUGUUCUAGAAUUUUCUUUCCCUCACUUUUCUUCUCUCCCUCCUUUUGUUUUUUGAAUCUGUAAUUGGUAAGCUAGGAAAUACAUGAAAGUGGUUGUACUUGUGGAAUUGUCAUCAAAUAUUUAUAAAUAGUUAAGGUU